AUGGCUGGCGUAGUUCGGUGGCGGUGGCUGAUGCCUUGGUUGCAAGCCGCGGCCCUACGCCUUUCAGACAGGACGGGACCUGAGGGCUUGGCUCUGCCUUUGGUUGCCAUUGGGCCGGAUAGGGGGUUUUCAGGAAAGUACGCGAACCUGCCUAGCUUCUUGCAGUCCGAUGGGCGCCACAUCUUGGUCCGAAGCAGUGACUAUGCGGAGCUUCCCAAAAUCGCUGCUGCAGUGGCAGAGGCAGCCCUUCCAUGGUCGGAGCUCUUCGUGUCUGCUCGUAUCCUUCCCGGUGAUCUGGGCUACGACGGAACCUUCCUCGCCAUGAAUCGGAUGUUGCAGGGUCUGGGUGCACCAAGGAUUGACCUGGUCCUCGUAAGCUCCGGGGACAACGGUGAGGGGCAAGCAGGGACCCAAGCAGGGACCGCAGCGCCUCCGUGUGUUCAGAGUGAGUUUGGUUGGGAGCUUUGCGCGAAGAGCAGCCUGGCUGCUCUGGAGCACUUACAGCUCAGUGGCAAGGUUGGACACAUCGGCGCUCAUGACUGGUCGGUCCAGAGCCUGCAGACCCUUUCGCCGGUGCUCCGGGCACCUUUGGCAGCCCUCGAGCUGACCUUUGACACCUUCGCCAACAGCCAUCUUGCUGCUUUGAAGCUAGGCCUCAUCAAGGGCAUCCAGAUCAUGGUGAUCGGCUUCGCGGAGCAGCCCGGCCGUCUCAUCUCUCCGAUGUUCAUCGGCGCUGGGACGCAGUCGGAGGCCUACGCUGGCCGGGCUUCAAUGAUGUCAGCAUUUGCUACCUUGUCUUGGCUGCUGGCAAAAGAUGUUGUGGCUGUCAUGCCGGGUGACUUGCUUGACUCUGCGAGCAUCUCCGCUCUGCAGUCGCUUGAUGGCGAGAACCUCAUGCAUGGAUACCUUCGGGAUUACUUCGACACAGUUUUUUGGCCAGGCGAGCGACGUCCGACACUAUACGAGGCGAUCUUGGAACUGGGCACCACUUGCUCGGGCAAGCUUAAGGUCUCCAGCCCUGGAGAGUGCAUGGUGGCUAUGGAGGAACUGGAGGGGCCGAGUGCUCUGGCACCUGACAUGGACGGAGCCAGCAAAGCCAGUGGCUGCUCCUUGCAUUUUGGCGUCGGUUGCCAGUCCAUUGACUGUGCGGUGGCCCACUUCGGAGAUGGGGGAACGACUGUGGGCCAACCACGAGCCGUGCCAGUGUGCCAGAUUGAUGGAGCCAGGCCCCCGUCGCAGGGCAGGACGCUUUUCUUGAGUAUGUGUAUGGGGGCUGAGUAUUUCGACAAAUUUUGUGCUCCGUUCCUGGCUUCGUUUCGCAUGGUUUAUGGAGGUCUACUUCAUGGCUGGCACACCAUGCGAGUAUGGACAGUUGGUGUUGGUGCUCAACAGCUUCAGCAUGCAAGAGACCUGUUCUCUCCGGCAGGAGUGGAGUUUGAAGAGAGCAGCUCUGAAGAGUUACAUCGACGAUUCGUGGAGGAGUACGGGCGCAGCGCAGACAUUGACUACUUGAGAGAGGAGAUUGGCUCGCCAGGCCUUGAUGGGCGAACCGGCUGCUUCGGCUGCCAAGGCUCUGAGUGCACCUGCGAUCCAGGUGCGCACGACGAAAAAGUCGUGUUCAACAACAUCUACUUUCUCCAAUGGGUCAUUAGUCAGUUUGAGGCAUCGCAGACUGAGGGCUACCAGUACAUGGUCUUCAUUGACUCAGACAUGCUGUUUCUGCAGGAUCUGGGGAGGUUCCUGCCACGGGAGCCAGAGACUACAGACUGGGAAUAUGCUUUCACGAUCUACGACAAAGACCACGAAGUCCCCUGGGGUAGCAACGAAGAAGUGGCCAAGACCAGGAAUGGGUUCGUUCGAAUUAAUUCUGGAGUCCAGCUUUUCCGGUACACCGAAGGCGUGAGGCUCUUUCUUUCAAACCUCCUGAAGAUCACCCGCAUCUUCAUGCGCUACGGAGAGACGAAGCAGCUUGCCGAAGAGACUUGGUUUCUCGAAGAGUUUCGAGCACUAAAUCAGGCCGCCAUCGCCUGGUUCGUGGGUUCAGCAAAUUUACUUUACAAUGAUUGCUUGGUAUGCUGGCCACGUACUAUCAGUUUUGACAGCGUGUCUGCAACUGGUGAGCAGUUUUCACUGAGCGCCCAAGGGUUGCCUGCCCGUUUUAUAAAUCAAGCAGAGUCUGUUACCGACGGCUUACUGAGCAGAGAGGUGCACAUGGUGCACUUGAAAGGUCUUUGGUGGCGUGUUUUGAUUCUGAAUGCAACUGCACACUCGACAGCCACACGUUGUUUUGCGUGGAAUACUGGUGCAUAUGAUUUGUGGAAAUCGCUUUACUUGGCCUGGCGGCCGGAGCUCGUGGUCACAACCAGCGUCCACCAGGGGCCGCAAUGCCCAGAUGAAGCUCGAAUCUGCUUGACUGACCCCGGCCUUUUCAACUUCGCGGAGCCAGCGACGAGAAUCUUGAUGUUUCUUCUAUUCUGGUUAGCACACCCCGUCAAAGCUGGCUUGCGAUACUAUCCGCCUGCCAGCCAAACAGACUUUUCAGUAACAGUCGUUUUCCAAGAGCUUGAGAUGUUGGAGGAACUGUUCAACUCGCACUUGGUGAACAAAGGAAACCAGGGCCAGGGGCCCAGACUGGCUACCUUCCUCAUCUACUUGAAUGCAGUGCAAGGUGGCGGCGCAACGACGUUUGUGCAGCAGGGCCUCAGCGUGCAGCCCGAAGAAGGUGCUGCUCUUUUCUGGUACAAUCUGCUCCCAUCCGGCGAGGGUGAUGAGCUCGUUCGUCACGGUGCUUGCCCGGUCACGGAAGGUGAGAAGUUCAUUGUCACGCGGCAGACGUAUCACAGUGUCAAGUUGGUCCUGGAGAUCGCUGCCCUGUUCUUCUCUGUGCGCCUCACUCUCAGCACAAAUUCCUUGUCACAGCACCCUUGCAAGCUGCCAGACGUUGCCCGACAGAGUGUGCUCGAACCCGAGGAUAGCUAUGAGGGGGCCCUUGCCGCUCUAGCGCCCUCGGCUGUUCGUAUUGGCGACGGCUUCCAGGCUUCCGGUCUGAGACACCGAGAUCAGGUCGGUGGCCUCACUCCGAGGGCUGCUGUGGAAUGGGCUGCUGAGCAAGGCAGUGCUCUUGCUCUUUCCUGGGCCGAAAUCUUCCUGACAGCGGCUGACUCUGUGGGCCAGCAGGUGGCUUUCCACUUUGGCAAAAAAUUGCUGAACUCCUCGGCCCCUGUGGAUGAAGAAGGUCUCUACUUCGACUUCGUGCACCUCGUCUGCCGAUUUUCGCAGGAGGAGACUUCGCGCGAAGCGACCCCGGGGGCUCAGAAGGCUCCGGAGGAGUUUGAGGAGUUCUCAGGCUACAUCCCUGCCAAUGCCAAAGACCUCUUCAAGCAAGAGCUUACUCUCGAGCAGGCGAAGGCCGCCUGCAGCACUGCUGACGAAUGCGAAGGUUUCACCUUCGAGGCCGGCGCAAAGCCGGAAGAGCCCAGGAUGGUGUAUUUCAAAGCACAGUGGGACCUUGCAGGCACCGGUUGGAGAUCGUUUCGACGUUCACCCACAGCAAAGGAGUCAGAUGCUCAUGCAGCGCAUGGCGACAACUGCUUCGAGGAGGGUGCCUUCUGCGUGAGAAAGAAGCCCUUCUACUAUUGGCGAAGCCAUGCUGCUGUGCUUUUCCUCCACGGGCCCGAGUCGGGUGACUUUCAGGGGGGCAACUUCUUCUACGCACCUUCCUUCAGAAGUCCGCCGGAGCUGCGCGUGCACGUUCAGCCCGCAGCGGGGAGAGCAGUGGCAUUUCGAGCAGGUGGCGAGAACAUCCACGGAGUUGAGAAGGUCUCAUCUGGUACACGCUGCACGCUUAACCACUGGCUGACACCAAACGCCUUUCAAGCCGCACACAAAUCCGAGCUGGAAGAUGCGUGGAAGUUGUUGCUGUACUACAAGCCGAAGGCUCAGGAGCUCUGA